GGCUAAUUGUUUUUGUUCCGACGCCACACAGCUCGGUGACCGCGUCGCGAUCACUUCACAAGGAUGAUCUACCGCCGAACCUUGUUUUCGCCACGUAAAUUCAAGAUGAAGAAUGAGGCUUCCUCGCACACGCCUUCCGUCUGGUCUGCACCGUGCCCCAAAUCGGAAGGAGACUUGGGUGGCCACAGCACACCGGAGGCUCUAUUGGAUUGCUUUGCAUACCUCAUGUCUCCGAAAGGUGAGCCUCUCACUCUCAGGAAGCUGACGGAGAUCUUUGAUUUGGUCUCUUUGGCUCCAGUGCGCCUGUGCCUACGAGCACAUGGACAACUGCAGCAGCUCCUGCAGGGCCUUCAAGCCGUGGAAAAUAACUCAGAAGCACGACUGCUACGGGUAGGCUGUUGGCACUCCCUGAGUUGCGAUGCCUUUUGCGCGGCUGAGCUUCUGGAGGCAUCCUGGGAAUCUUUGGUGGCUUCCAUCGAAGCUCCUGAGGUAGAGGAAUCACUGUCCCGAACGCCCACGCUCGUGUGCCCAAAGGGAGUUCACGAAGCAGGAAGCUUGAAGCGGCGCCGUUUGCAGGUCGUCGGGGGUGGCAGCACCGGAACGCCGGGUUUCCGCGCGAGCGCGGGGGAGACCCGUGUGCUGGGCCGGUUGCAGGAGGAGGAGCCGCUUUUGACGAAGCUGUUGGUCACGUCGGAAGGUCAUGAGCGCAGCAUCUCAAUCCUCAUCCUGUGGAGGUGCUUGGGCCACUUGCAGACCACCCAGGCAGCCAACAAGGCGUUGGAAAACCUGUGGACGCAGUUCCCGCAGCUGUUGGCGAGUGAACUCGCCAACCUCGCGUGCCAAACCCUGUGGGAGGCCUUUGAGAGACUGGCACGCUGCCAGCCAAAGUCCUCGAUCGAUGGGCAUCAAGUGCUAGCAGCAGCCAGGCGAAUCUUGGAGGGCUUCGAAACAGAUGCGCAAGAGGUGUGCUUGAGAGCGUUGCAUGCCUUUGCUUGUUGCGAGUCAACCUCCACAGCCUGUUUCAACUUGGAGAUGUUACUGUUCUUGGUGGCCAAGCUUUGCGAUGAGAAAGGCGCCGCUAGCAGCGCCUCCACGCGCACCCUCCUGGGGCUCUUGGCGCAUGUGGCUGGCCGAGGGACGUCAUCCGUGUGCCAGGACCCCUCGGACCCUACACCGGCCCAAGUCACCGAUCAACACGCACCGUCAGUGCCUGUUGUUUUCCACAUGGAGUCGGAGGAGCUGGGCGCUGUCCCUGUGGCUGGCUUCUUUGUGCUUUCUCCAGAGCCUUUGGUCGACACUGUCUUUGCCUCCGCUUUGGCACAAUCUUUGGCAUGGUACAAGGACCAGCUGGAGACUGAGUCGGAUUCGUUGGAUGUCGAGGUGCAUCUCAACUUCGCCAUGGGCAGCCUCUUGAUGGCCUGGCUGGCACGGGGCGAUCCCGUCGCGAAGCUCACUCUGAAAGAGCACUUGGGAUCAACACAGGCUUUGCUUGACAUCUUGCGGACCUUCACUGUGUUCCAGGAGAACUGUGGCUCGCUCACAGAUGCCUCUCUGCUUUGCUUGCACGCAGUCAUGGAGUUCUUAUCUGAUUCUGAUGGAGCCAAGCACCUGGAGAUGACGCCUCCCAAGGUUCGAAAGGCACCUCCCAGGAUACUGCAGCCUGAGCCUGAGGCUGUGGCCUCCCAAAAGCCCAAGGCGCAGGUACCAACAGCAGUAAAGAAAGAGCAAUAUGAUGAAUUCGAUGUGGUGCAUGAACGGUCCAAGACCAAGGCACCAGAGAUAGACAAUGUGCAGAAUGAAUUCGGUGUAGUGCAGGUGUAUCACAGGCGUGCCAAGAAAACAUCCCUUGCACUGUGAACACUUAGACUCGGCGC